AUGACAAAAAUUUUAUGUUUGGGGGGUGGUGGUGGAGACGACAGAAAACGAGAAAACGAGAAAGCGUUAAGUACAAAAGUGAUAAUGAUAGCAAUUCAGGAUAAAAUGACCGCUAAUGGACAAGGAGGCUUCUUGUAUUACAUAAUGAAUCUUCUCGCAGUAUUCAGAAUUACUGAAUCUUUAAUGACUCAGAGACGAAUAAUCCUUGAAGAAUUCACUUACUCUUGUUGUUGUUUUUAUUUAACGGUGACGAGCGAAGAUGAAAAAAUUAUGACACAAAGAAGAAAGAAGAGACCCAAACAUCUUCAAUUAAAUCUUCAAACUUUUACCAAAAAAAAUUUGAAGAAAGUUUAA